CUCACGUGUAGUCAUAGUGUGUCCCAAAACAACCUAUUAUUUUAUAUUUAAAAAAAAAAAAUCGAUAAACGGUUUAAUAGAAUAUUUGUGUAAUAAAUGUCAAGAAGUUCAACCUGUAGCCCAGCGGUAUGUGGGUUCAAAUUCCAUUACUCACAAUUUUUUUCCUUUUUUUUGCUUUAUAACCUCAUCUCGAAUUUUUGACAUUUAGAAAAUUAGAAGUUAGAACUCUCUCAUAACAUCCUAACUCCCCUAAAUCGGAAUCCCCAGCCGCCGCCGCCGUUCACCGCCGCGGAUUUUAGCUCCGUCCGUGGCUCCGUGUUGUCGCCGAUUAGGUGUUUAGGUAUAAGGUCCGUCCGUCAGUCCGGGGCUCAUACUUUGUGGAAAUUCGCGGUUUUUUGAGAAUGAAAAGUAAAACAACUCGAGGUUUUAAAGUUCAAAGAGUUGGUUUUGUAUGUGAGGAUGGUCAAUAGUAAUUGGGAUAUCAUCCAUAUCCCGGCAAAGUCACCUUUCUUACCCACCCAACAAUCUACAGUUGACGUCUUUGCAUCAGUGAUAGAUCCAAAACUUGCCAACACUUUAGUCAGGAAAUUGAAUAAAAUUGCCCCAUUGGAGAAUCUUCGACAUGUGAAACGAGUGCGUAAGAGUUGUUCCGAUGGGCAAACUCAAUUGUCCGUGAUUAUAUGUCUAACUGGUGAGGAUGGCACCGAGCUGGGUUGCAUGCCCAUGGACUUGCGAGAGCUGACCAAUUGUUACCAGUUGAGUCCCUUUGUUACUCAAGUUUGCAAAUAUGCUGCGACAACUAAAGAAGAGUGGGAAGAACAAUGCAAAUUAUGGCCUACAUCAUUUCAUCCUCCAACAUACAACAUCGAGGGCAUCACUGGAUUUACUGAAGAAAACACAACUAGAAUAUUUAACUACAUGAAUUUUGCACUUAAGUUGGCAAAAUCUGCUGGCAAUCAGUUUGUUAAUUCUGCGGUUAUUGUGGAUCCAUUCUCAAAUCAAGUAAUUACUAGUGCUUGUGAUGAAAUCUCUUCAUGGAACAUGCGUCUUGAUGGCCAUGAAGCACACUCCCUAGAUGUGGUUGAAGCCUCAACAUCUCAUACUUACGCUAAUGGAUCAUCAUCAUUGAAUGGGUCUUUUAAUGUUUCCAAAACAUCAUGCAGCAGCAUUUCUUGUUUGAACCCAUGGCAUUGGACACAGCAAAAUCUGUCGUCAUCAAGGUCUUGCUUUUGGCACCCUCUGCGACAUGCUUCUAUGGUAGCCAUUGAAUAUUCUGCAGCAAGGGAUAGACGUUUGUUCCCAACUAUAGGAGAAGCUAAUGAGGAAUCUGUUCAGUUGAGUCCUAAUGUGACUUUGGCUGUAGGAUUGCCAGUCAAGCGACAGAAGACUAAUUUAGCAAAUGUGAAGAGUAGUGUUGAUGUUCCAGCUGAUGGUUUUCUUUCCAAAUCAGAAAGACCUUACCUGUGUACAGGUUAUGAUAUAUAUCUUGCUUGGGAGCCAUGUGCAAUGUGUGCCAUGGCUCUUGUUCAUCAAAGAAUAAGGCGUAUAUUCUAUGCUUUUCCAAAUCCAAAUGCGGGUGCUUUGGGCACUGUAUACAGACUACAGGGUGAGAAAAGUUUGAAUCAUCACUAUGCAGUUUUCCGAGUUAUACUGCAUGAUGAAGAUCUGCCAGUUUUGGAGAAUCAACAACAGUAGAGAAAGAUGCUGAGAAAAAAGGAAAUGCCUGCAUGUCAUCCAGCUUAACGUCCUUAGGUAUGCUACAUUCAAUGCCAUCAUCUAACAGCUCUGUCCCAUAGGGAUGAGGAAAAUGGUGAUCGUAUCAUUUACUAUAUAAUACUUUUGCUUGGUUAUCAACUUAACAUUUAAGAAAUUGUUAUAUUUUAGAAUUUUCAGGAACUGACCAGAUAUUCCUGAGUGUAAAAAGAAAUUGUGUACACGCCUUGAUAGAUAAAUUUAUUGUGAUUUUUUUACUGGAUUUUAGAAUUGGCUCUUAGUAAUUUGAUUUGUGUCUAUUUGUGUCAGCUCCCUCACUUGGGACGGUUUGAGUUUAAUCUAUACAGAGAUUAUAUUGGGGAGAAACUAGAUAAAAGUGAAUUGGUACA